CUGGGCGGCACCCGCUCCUCCGCCGCCGCCCGCACCAGGCCUGAGGAUCGCAGCCUAACAAGGACGCAGGCCGCCAUGGCCGAAGCGCCGCCCGCGCGGAUUCCAGGGGAGGACAAGCGAAUGGAGGACCAGAGACCUCUAACACCUCCGUCGCCCCAGCCAGCUGCUGAGAAGAACUCAUACCUCUACUCCACAGAGAUCACGCUGUGGACAGUGGUGGCUGCCAUUCAGGCCUUGGAGAAGAAGGUGGAUUCCUGCCUGGCCCGCUUGCUGACUCUGGAGGGACGCACUGGGACAGCAGAGAAGAAGCUGGCUGAUUGUGAGAAGACGGCCGUGGAGUUCGGCAACCAGCUGGAGGGCAAGUGGGCCGUGCUGGGGACCCUGCUGCAGGAGUACGGGCUGCUGCAGCGGCGGCUGGAGAACGUGGAGAACCUGCUGCGCAACAGGAACUUCUGGAUCCUUCGGCUGCCCCCUGGCAGCAAGGGGGAGGUCCCCAAGGUGCCAGUGACCUUUGAUGAUGUGGCCGUUUACUUCUCCCAGCCUGAGUGGGGCAAGCUGGAGGACUGGCAGAAGGAGCUCUACAAGCAUGUGAUGAGGGGCAACUAUGAGACACUGGUCUCCCUGGAUUAUGCCAUCUCCAAACCUGACAUCCUCACCCGGAUAGAGAGAGGAGAGGAGCCUUGUCCUGAAGACCAGCAAAGCAAGGAGAAGGGGACUGAGGAAGAGGCCGCAUGUCCAAGGAGGCUGGACACUGGUCUCCUUCCAUAUCCAGAGCAAGCCCCCAGCCCAGUCAGCCAUGCCCAGGAGGAGCCCAAAGAAGGGCAGGCCCCUCAACACCAACAGAAUGAAGAAGCAGGAGUGACCCCACCCAGGCUGGGCACUGUCAACUGGACUGAGGCCUGGGGGUCACUGUUCCUGGCAGGCCCUUGGGUAUGGCCAGAGCCUGCUGAAGAGGUGGUCAUGCCACUCUGCAAGAACCCCAUGUCAGGAAAGCCCCAUGGGAUUCUCUGUCUUGCAGGACCUCCAGCAAACACCAGCAUUUUGUCCUCAAUUAAACAGGAGGGAGAAUCUUCAGAGGGGGAGUCACCAGCUUCCCCUCCCAGGGACAUCAUGUCCAGUCUGGGGCCAGGUGGUGGUGGCAUGGCCAUCAAGACAGAAGCUCAGUCUGAGGAGGAGAUGGUGCCUGAGCAGCUCUGCCUGGGGUCCCCAAGCCGGACCAAGUGUAGAACACCUAGAGGGCCUAGGAACAGGACUGGAGGCCCUAGGCGGCAUCACGCCCAGGGGAGGCCAAGGGUGCGCACUGGGGAGCCUCGGCCACCAGGGGCCAUUGGGGAGACACCCCGCGUACUCCCUCGCCGGCGGGAACGGACCUUCCCCUGCCCUGACUGUGGGCAGAGCUUCCGCUUGAAGAUUAAUUUGACAAUCCAUCAAAGGACUCACGUGGAGGAGGAGCACAGGGAAGCUCCCGGGGGCUCACCCACCAGAUGGGGCGAAGGCCACUCUACGCUGGAGCCAGGGGAAGUGGUAGUGCCUGGCCCUGUCAUCCGCUGGCUCCCCGAAGAGCCCGCGGGCCACCAUUCCCUGGGAGGGCGUGCCUUCAUGGGGCGGAGGCCCACAGCCACCAAGAUUUACCACUGCAGUGAAUGCCUGCGCUUUUUCCAGCAGCGGAAGAGCCUGCUGCUUCACCAGCGCCUGCACACAGGCAAUAAUCAGGGCUGGCCUGCCUGUCCCUACUGUGGCAAGGCCUUCCGCCGGCCCUCGGACCUCUUGCGUCACCAGCGUAUCCACACUGGUGAGCGACCCUACCAGUGCCCCCAGUGUGGCCGGGCCUUCAACCGAAACCACCACCUGGCUGUGCACAUGCAGACUCAUGCCCGGCAUCGGGUGGGCCUGCAUUUCCCUGUGCCUUCUGCAGGCCAGGGGAGCUCACCCCCGCAAGGUCUCAGCCAUGCAGAGGAGGGCUGACCAGGCAGGAGCCUGCAGGGCAUCCUCUUGUCUUCCUGCAUCCCUGGCAGGACCUGUGCUCUAUCUCUUAGGGGCUUUCCCUUGUGCCUGAUGCUGGUCCCUUAUUCUGGGAUGUCUUGGAGAGAGUUGUUUUUUUAUUGUUUCCCUUAUUCAAAUGGAAAGCAGUGGCCCUUUUGAUGAUACCAUAUAUAUAUGCGACAAGGUACCUCUACUUUCUCUUUCCUAAGGGUGUCACUCUGUGCUAUCUUUUUCUACAUUCUUGACCUGCAAAGGGUCCCUGAAGGCUUAAACAACACCAGUUUUUGGUGUAGCUUUUGACUGGUGCUACAGUCAAGAUGAUCAGAGACUGUGGUCCUUUCAGAAUGGACCAUAGAGACUUCAGGGACUGGGAGUGACUGCACAGAGGUCUGUCUGCGCUCCACAUGAGAAAACAGCAGAGAGUACAGGACACAAGAGAAGGCACUCAGAAUUUGCAUUUUCUACUUUUGUUAGCUUGAGACUUUUUUUUCUUUGAAUGAAGACUUUGUAAUGUGUUUGUAAGCGUUGUGUGUAGUUGCAAAGAGGACCAGGAGCUCCUGAGGGCAGGAAUUCUGCCACUUCCUUUGUGGGUCUGGCAGGGCAGGAAGAGGGUUUUGAUGGGCAGAAUUUGGCUGCUGUCUUAGAAGCAGAGCUUCUCUCCAGGUGUAUGUUUCUGAGCUCCGAGUGACUCCCAGUCUUCCUAGUCCUUCCCUCACAGGGCAGUCUCAUCUGUUAUUUACUUUUGAUAUCAGUUAAAAGAGGAAAGGAAAUCAGGUGUGGAUGGCCUCCCCUGCCAGAUCUCAGGAUUCAUAGGUGUGCAUGAUCCAUUGACUGGACCCAGAAGAUGCCUUGAGGGUGCUGCAGAGUCUUGUGAGCCCAAGACCUUCCUCAAGGGGAAGACUGACUGGGGGAGGCUGGGGAGUCUGCCUGGACUCUCCAGGCCUCGUUUCUCCUGGUAAAGAAUUUGGGGUCUGGUGCUGAGUAGGGCUAGGAGGUUGGGGAAUCCUUCAGCCCCCUCUAGGCUCACAUUCCUUGUCUGUCAAAGGGUAACAGCUCCAGUGCAUCCCACCUCAUCUAGGAGCUGUUGGCACUGAAUUUAGAGACUGCACAAAUAAGAUGCUUGGUGAUAUUCUUAGUUUCAAGUUCAGGGCUUCCUAUUUUUUUUUUUUUUUUCCCAGUGAUUUCCUGCUCAGGCAGAAUCCCCUGGGAAGAGUGAGGGUUAGUGCCCUUGUACCAAAGCAUUGGUCCAUGACCUGUUUUUGAUAGUAUGCUAUUGUCAGGCUGCACGGAGAAGUCUUGAUGCCUAGUUUCUCAUAUUCCUUAAUCACACCACCUUGGGUGCUGCCUACAGACCAAUUGGCUGUGGGUUCUGGGUUCCUGGCAACUUCCUGUUGUCCUCACCCCUUUUCCAAAGUCUCGAAUGGAGUUGGGGGCAGAUGGUAACAUUGCCAUCAUCCCUGGGAAAGGGGAAGGAUAAAAGUCUGACAGGUUAGCCAAGAUCCUGAAGAGGCACCACCUGUUUGAGCCUCCUGCUUGUCUGGAGCCCCACAAGUCAGAGACAAAUGUCAGCAAGUGCGCAGGCAGGAUGUGGUACAAGUGUGGCUGCUCAGCUUAACCCUCAGCUACAAGAGCUAGGCUCAGAUAUUCUGGUGGUGCCUCAGGGCUCAGAAUUUUAAAUUCUAAAAUUUUAAAUGCUAAAUGCACUCUGUAAAUACAAGCAUUCAAUUGCAAGGCUCAGGUGUUUUUCCCUUAUUUUCAAAGCAUUCAGUGCUCAGCUCUGGGCUAGGCAUAGUGGGUUUGCCUUGUCACUCAAUAGGACGUGUUUAAAGAAUGUUCCUUAGGUUGAAAUGAACAGUGGAGGCUACAAGGUGCAGUAGCCCAGUGGUGCCCCACAAUCGGGAGGUGGGAGCCCUGGUUGGGUCCCAGACUUACCCAGCUCUGGGCCUCAGCGUCCUCAUUUGUGAAACAAAGAACUGGUUGGGUCUUAAGAUUCCUUAACAACUGUGAAAGUGGCAGUCUCCUGGUUUAAUCGGUGCUUAAUAAACAUGUUGGCAUAAAUGA